GAAAGCGGGCCACUACUAUCAGUACGCAAAAGUCUCUGUUCAAGACUGGCCCCUGUUAAAAAAAACUCGAAUAGCACAAAGAGGUUGAGCUUUGUUGCCAAAGCUGUGGCACAAAAAUGCUGUUUGGCUAGAGAAGGAGAGACUUAAGGAAGGGAAGAGCGCAAGAUGUGCGCCGCCUUAAUGAAGCUAAAGGGUGGGGCUUAUGCAGCUUCUUUGGCUACAGGAGAAAUUUUUCUCCACUUCCCUCAUCUGAGUUGGGCUUCACUGGAGGAUACUACAUGCAUGCAGUAUGGAAACUUCUAGAAAGCCUGUUCUUUAUAGUUAUUUCAGAAGUUCCUGCUCCUGGAGAGUGCGAAUCGCACUAGCUUUGAAGGGAGUAGCCUAUGAUCAAGCACCAGUUAAUCUUGUGAAGGAUGGAGGGCAGCAGCUGUCAUCUGAAUUCCAGUCCGUGAACCCAAUGCAACAAGUCCCGGCACUCAAAAUUGAUGGUAUCACCCUCUCUCAGUCAUUGGCCAUAAUAGAGUAUCUUGAGGAGACACGGCCAGAUCCUAGGAUCCUGCCUCAGGAUCCAAAGAAAAGAGCCCAAGUCCGGAUGAUCUCUGAUCACAUUGCUUCUGGAAUUCAGCCAUUACAGAACCUGGCCGUCCUACAGCAAAUGGGGGAGAAGAAGAUGGAAUGGGCCCAGCGCUGUAUAUCUCGUGGCUUCAAAGCUUUGGAACAGACCCUGCAGGAAACAGCUGGGCGCUACUGUGUUGGGGAUGAGGUGUCCAUGGCUGACCUGUGCUUGGUCCCUCAGGUGUAUAAUGCAGAAAGAUAUAAAGUGGAUCUUGCUCCAUACCCCACAAUAAGAAGAAUCAACAAAGCUCUUUUGGAGUUAGAGGAAUUCAAAACAAGCCACCCAUCCCGGCAGCCAGAUACUCCACCAGAACUAAAAGCUUAAAAGAUUUCGUUUUACAGUGCCAGGGCUGCUGGCCUCCAUUCCUUUGCUGCUCCCUUCUGUGUGGAAGUCAGCAUAAACUAAAGCUCUGAUGUUUUUCUGCUAGAUUUUGGAAAGUCAAAGGGGAAGAUGUCAUAUUGUACUAGCAUGGUAUGCAAGUAUGCCUACUGUGGAGCAUCUUGUGUAUGUGUCAGCAUGAAGCUGAUAUAAAAGUAAAGAGCUUGUGAAUUUUCUGCAUGAA